GUCUGGAGGGAGGGGCAGCCCCUGAGCCCCUGACCCGCUCGGGCCCUAGGACCACGGUGGCCCCAUGCGGGCGGCGGACGUGGAAUGGGAUUCGGGGAGCUUGUGUCCUCCAGGUGCGAAUCCGCCGUGCGGGUGGCCUGUCACAACGUUCUUCGCCAGCUGCGUUGCUUGACACGGGAAAUGCGCCCUGGCCGGUGCCUCCGGAAGCGGCCAGAGUUCAUGGGGCGGAAGUCUGGCGGCGGCAGACACGUCCCCCCGAGGUCACAGAGCGUGUUCGGAGAGGCCGCCUGCGCUCCGUGUGCCCCGGGCCCCGGAAGGCUUGGCAGGUCCUGGCCGCGGGUCAGCCCAGGUCCUUGCCCGUCGUGGCCGGGAGAGCAGCCGCCGCCCACGGCCUCUCCGUCCCGCACCUGCCCCGACCCCGAGCGCCUGCCGGCCACGAGCCGCCGUCGCCGUGGUUCGUUCAUUCCUCCUGACUCUGACUUCGUGGGUCCCCACCUGCCUCCCAGCCACACGGUGCGCGAUGCUGUCACCCGCCCUGUUGGAGGAGAUGGUCGGGACCCAGCGUUGUUUCAGGCCACAGACAAGCGUCGUCCUCUGUGUCUCCUAUUGCGGACUCCAGGGGUCAGCCUACUCUCCUUUCAAAGGGGAAUUCGGUAG